GUGAUUGUUUGCCAUCAUCAUCUAAAAGAGCUGCAUCUUCCAUGACUAGAUUUACAGGUACAACCACUUAAAAAAAAAAAAAGUAUUCACGGCGAGGUAAAUAUGCAGGUUUAUUGCAGCCAAGCCACUCCUUUCAGUGCUCAUUCCUUCUUAGACAUCUGCUCACCAAUGUUAAAACCCCGAGCACCUUUGGCAAGGGGAGAGAUCUGCCGCACCUGUAGCAGGGGAGCAAUAUUUAGGAAGGAAGUGCUGUCAGAGGAAAAGCAGCAGCUUCAGCUUGUGUCCCAAGACAAGUGAAUCUUGAUGACAGCAGUUUAUCAUUAACCUGAACACUGCAAGAGGCAUAUAAGGAGGGAAAGAAGAAGAAAGCCAGAGAAUCAUCCAGGAUGGAAUCCACCAUAAGGAUCAACAAUGCUGCAGACAUCUCUGUUAUUGUCAUCUAUUUUGUGAUAGUCCUGGCAGUGGGAAUAUGGGCCAUGUACUCAACCAACCGAGGGACAGUAGGUGGAUUCUUUCUGGCCGGACGGAACAUGGUUUGGUGGCCGAUCGGUGCUUCACUCUUUGCCAGUAACAUUGGCAGUGGACAUUUUGUGGGCAUAGCAGGAACAGCAGCAGCUGGAGGAAUUGCCAUUGGAGGGUAUGAAUGGAAUGCUCUGAUAUUUGUGGUUGUUCUAGGAUGGCUGUUUGUACCCAUCUACAUCAAAGCUGGGGUGGUGACGAUGCCAGAGUAUCUGAGGAAGCGUUUUGGUGGGAAGCGGAUUCAGGUCUACCUGUCAAUCCUUUCACUGAUCCUGUAUAUUUUCACAAAGAUCUCAGCAGACAUAUUCUCUGGAGCCGUGUUUAUACAGUUGGCCAUGGGUCUGAAUCUGUAUGUGGCUAUUAUUAUCCUGCUUGUUAUUACUGCUCUUUACACCAUCACAGGUGGCCUCGCAGCUGUGAUUUACACAGAUACCUUGCAGACGUUUAUCAUGGUUGUGGGAUCUUUCAUUCUCAUGGGAUUUGCAUUUAAAGAGGUUGGAGGGUACGAUGCAUUCAUGGAGAAGUAUAUGAAUGCAAUUCCAUCCAAUAUCACCUAUGGAAAUAGCACAAUUGAUUCAGAAUGCUAUACUCCUCGAGCGGAUGCUUUUCACAUCUUCCGAGAUGCUGUCACUGGAGAUCUGCCAUGGCCAGGGCUCACGAUUGGUUUGAGCAUCCUUACUCUGUGGUACUGGUGCACAGAUCAGGUUAUUGUCCAAAGAUGUCUCUCUGGCAAGAACAUGUCCCAUGUGAAGGCUGGAUGUGUGAUGUGUGGGUACCUGAAGCUCUUGCCCAUGUUUAUCAUAGUGAUGCCUGGAAUGAUCAGCCGAAUUUUGUAUGCAGAUGUGGUGGCUUGUGCUGUGCCUGAAGUCUGCCAGCAGGCCUGUGGCACCUCAGUGGGCUGUACAAAUAUUGCUUAUCCAAAAAUGGUAGUAGAACUUAUGCCAAAUGGUCUACGAGGUCUGAUGUUAUCAGUCAUGUUGGCAUCCCUUAUGAGCUCCUUGACUUCCAUUUUUAACAGUGCCAGUACGCUGUUCACUAUGGACAUUUACACCAAAAUUAGAAAACAACCGUCAGAGAAAGAGCUUAUGUUGGCUGGAAGGGCAUUUAUGGUGGUUUUAAUUGGCAUCAGCAUCGCCUGGGUUCCUGUGGUGCAGUCAGCUCAAAGUGGGCAGCUCUUUGAUUACAUUCAGUCAGUUACCAGCUACCUGGGACCUCCCAUUGCUGCUGUCUUCCUGCUUGCCAUCUUCUGCAAGCGAGUAAAUGAACAGGGUGCCUUCUGGGGCCUGGUAGUUGGGCUGCUGGCCGGGCUUGGUAGAAUGAUACCAGAGUUUGUCUACGGAACUGGUAGCUGUGUGGCCCCUUCCAACUGCCCGUUCAUCAUCUGUGGGAUUCACUACCUGUAUUUUGCAAUUAUUCUUUUUGGGGUUUCUGCCAUCGUUAUCCUGGCAGUCUCCUUCAUGACUAAGCCAAUUCCUGAUGUACAUCUUUAUCGCUUGUGCUGGACUUUGCGGAACAGCAAAGAGGAACGUAUUGAUCUCGAUGCAGAUAAUGUGGAGGAGAAACCUGAUGAGAAAGAUAAGGAAUCAGUUUCAGAGGAGAGUGAAGACCCAGGAUGCCUAAAGAAAGCUUACGACUGGUUCUGUGGCUUAGAGCAACAAAAAGGACCCAAACUGAGCAAGGAGGAAGAGGAAGCAGUGAAGAAGAAACUGACUGACACAUCAGAAGUGCCACUUUGGAGGAAUGUUGUGAAUAUCAAUGGCAUCAUCCUACUGACUGUAGCUGUAUUUUGCCAUGCCUAUUUUGCAUAAGCUUCUGAUUGCAGUUCUGAAAUCGUACUGUAUUGUCAAGAAGAAACAAUGAGUUGUAAACUUACACAGAUUCAUUUAGUAUUUUCAUGCUCUAAGUUUGCAAAAAUCAGGGUAAUUUACUCACUGAUUCUGUGAUCACAAUUUCAACAAUCUCAAGAUCAAGAAUGCUAGGAGUUCAAGAAAGGGAAUUUCCAUUUGGAAAUUGAAUCAGUCCAGGAUUAAUAGAGGUUCAGAAUUUUCAUCCUAUAUUCUCUCUUCUCACGAUACAUUUCAUAUUUUAGGUGCAGAACAAGACUGCACGAACCACUGGCUCAUUUCAUGAGCCAUUUAUCAGGGUUUGUGAAUUAUCUCUUGGGGCCAAUGACACUAUUUUAAUUUUUCAACUCUUUCUCUUCUGAUCAUUCAGGUUGGUUUUUUUUUUCCUUUGCUUAUGAUAAUUUGAUUACCAAAAAAAAGAACCAUCAAACAACUGAGGGGCCAUAUUGUGGGCCAAACUAAAAAAUCACUUUUGUUCUCUCCAAGCACAGCAGUGAAGGGCUUUUGUAUAUAUCAGUGCAUUUGAUACUGCAUCUAACUUUCCAUUGUCACUUUUUUCCACUUCAUUUUUAUGAUAUUUUUCAUCAUCUUGUGUUUCUCAGUAACGAGUGGAACAUGAACCACCUGAACUGACCGCCUUUUGAAACUGGUCAAAACAGGAUUCAAUUAUCCUAUCAGGAAUUCUGCUUAUGAUAGAUUCUCUGCUUAAGGUUCAAAAGGUCCCCCUCUUGUAUAUUUUAAUGUGUAUCUAUACUUGAAUGUGAAACUUUUUUUAUACAAAACACAUGUAUUAUAUAUGCAUACAAUACAUUAUAUAUAUGCACAUAUGUGUUAUAUAUCAGAAUAUAUGUAUGUGUGUAUAUAUAUUUAUUUAUUUAUUACUGAUUGAUUCCCAUCUUGGUAUGUCAAAGUUAAUCUCUACCCACAGCUGUUAGGACCUCUUUAUCCUGGAGAUGGUGUUAAUGUUUUGCUUCUUUCUAUGAGCUGAACUACAAAACAAUCCAUGAACGUUGUUGAAAGUCCAAAGCAUGAGUGCUGGUUUUGCAUUUUUCUUUUCAGAACGUUUGAGGGUUUUGUGCCACUUCUCUGAAAGACUGUAAAUAUUUCUUCUGAAGACUGCAUUGAGAAAUACAAUUCAUGCUGUAUGAAAUUUCAGUAUGACAGUGUGAGUUCAUGAAGGAGAGCAGCCACAGCUGUGGGAUGCCAGCUAAGUCAGUCUGAUUGGCUCCACUUGCUAAGUGUGAGAUCUGCUGGAGAUGCAGGAGAAGAUAAGUGUAACACUUCAAGUCAAAAAGCAAUAAAUCUCGUAAUGUAUGGGUGAUUCAGCCUCUUGGGGAAUCAAAUGUAGAAAGAAGACAUCAGCUGCUGUGGUCAAGCCGCUGCACAACUCCUUGUUACUGUUGCACAGUAUCAUGGCAUGCUGUGUUGUCUCUUCCCACAGCACUGCAGCAGAACUGUCCUGAGGUAGGUGCAUCUCAAUAAAGGUGGUGUCACCUCUGUACGCCCCACCACGUCGCUGCCAGCUCCUCCAGCUUUAGUCCUCACUUUAUCAUCUGACAGUAUCAUCUCUUCAUUUACAUCUCAAGCAAAGUGCUCUGCUGGUCCUCCUUACAAAGCCUGCAGUAUACUGAAAAGGUUUGCACGAGCCAGAUUAAAUCAGUACUAUAUAAAUAUCAGUGCAAGCUUUUUAUUGCAGUUAGUAAGUGAGAGAGUAUUUUAAAGACCAUGGAAUGAAUUAUAUUUAAUGAACUUUGAAGUCAUUUAUGUAUUAAAGUAUUUGCAUGUUUUGAA